ACACUGUCCAUUAUUUAAACAUUAUUAUUAAAAUACUGUCCAAAUUUUGGUGCAACUGGGGAGACCACAGGUCCUCCACUCCAAGAUGUUUUUCCCAUCCUUAGGAGAAAAAGAACUUCAGUUCCAUGCUAAGGUGAAUCUCAGGUUCAACAUGUAUGAAUCUUAGUUUUAGGAAUAACUGUAGAAGCUCUUUACAAAUUGUUUGGAUAAUGGAACAAGUCAAUGCAAUAUGCUCACAGAUGUACAGAGAUAUUCCCCUUAGACAAUAUUUACAAACAGGUUAUCCACAACCCCUUAAGCUGCCUGUUGAGUUUGUAUAAUAGACCAAUUCUAGCUGGUCUAUCACUUAUGUUGAUAUGGUGAAACAUAAUGAAUGAAUCUCUUCAUCUACUGUGCUAGCUAUGAGUUGAGUUUAUUGGUAUUUAUUCUUUCUUUAGGAAUAGACUGAUAGCUGCACAUCUUUUUCUACUCAAUUUCCCCCCAGAACACAAGACUAUACAAUAUAGUAUUGUAAACUCCAUGGGGCCAGAGAAUAUACUUGUAUUUCCAGAACUUAGCACAGUGCCUGAUAUAUAAUAUGAAAUCAAUAAGCAUUUGUUGAGUAAACAAAUAAAGUUAGCUUUGUUCUUACACCAUUCUCAAAGUGUCUGGCACCAUUUCCACAUUCAUAAUCUCACAGGAAAACAGAAGUUACCAUUUUUAUUUAUAAUCCACCCCAUAUGUUACCCAUAGUUUGUCUUUGUGUGUUAGUCACCCCACAUACAACCCGUGGUUUGUUGUAUGUGUGCAUGUGUGCAUAAAUCUAAGUAAGUGGAGUACGUUUUGUAGCAUUUUCAGCAAACUAGGUCUAAGUACAACACAUGGUGGCGCUGUAAGCUAAGGCUGCAAAAAACAGACCUGCGGAUGGUUACUGUUUUGGCAGUCACACACAGACCUAUCUAACAGAAGAGCAAUCUUAACGGAACUUUCUUGCGGCAAGGAUUGACUGCCAGAGCACAUUGCUUACAGACCCAAAAGGCACCCGGACCCUAAAGGCUUUUGCUGUUGGAGAAAUGGAGACUGAAAGGGAGCGCUUUCCUAAACUAAGGCAAGUUCUUCUCUUUGUUUUGCUGGCUCAGACUUGCGCGGAGCAGGAAGAUUACAGCAUCGCAGAAGAAACCGACAGAGGUUCUUUUGUGGCCAAUCUAGCAAAGGAUAUAGGGCUAGGGGUAGGAGAGCUGUCUUGGAGGAGGGCUCGGGUCGUUUUUAGUAAUCACAAAAGACAUUUUCAGCUGAACCUUCAGACUGGAGAUUUACAAGUAAAUGAGAAACUGGAUCGGGAAGAACUGUGUGGCCACAUUGAGCCUUGUGUGCUGCAAUUCCAAGUGUUACUGAAAGAACCUUUGGAGGUAUAUAGGUUUAAGCUUUUGGUUAAUGAUAUAAAUGACAAUUCCCCUGUGUUCCCAGAGACAGAAAUGAUUUUGAAAAUUCUGGAAAAUACUCUCCCAGGGACUGUGUUUCCCCUAAAAAAUGCACAAGAUUUGGAUGUAGGCAUCAAUAACAUUCAGAACUACACCGUCUACCCCAACUCUCAUUUCCACGUUCUUACCCGCAUUGGUGGUGAGGGCAGAAAGUACCCGGAGCUGGUUCUGCUCAAAGCUCUAGACAGAGAGGAGCAGCCUGAGCUCAGGUUAACCCUCACCGCAGUAGAUGGUGGAGCUCCUCCUAAAACUGGGACUGCACUGGUCCUCGUUGAUGUCUUGGACAUCAAUGACAAUGCCCCUGAGUUUGUGCACCCAGUCUAUCAUGUGCAGAUCCUGGAAAACAGUACCCUGGGAUCCCUUAUUGUCACUGUUUCUGCUAGAGAUUUAGACACGGGAAUAAAUGGAGAAGUAUUCUACUCAUUUUUUUAUGCUGAUGAAGAGAUUACUAAGACAUUUGCACUUAAUGAACUAACAGGAGAAAUUAAAAUAAUUAAGAAACUUGAUUUUGAAAAAAUUAUGUCAUAUGAGGUAGAUAUUAAGGCCUCUGAUGGGGCAGGUCUUUCUGGAAAAUGCAUGGUCAAAAUACAAGUGGUGGAUAUAAAUGACAACAGUCCAGAACUGACAGUGGCUUCACUUAUAAGCCUUAUCCCGGAAAAUUCCCCCAAGACUACCAUAGCUCUUUUCAGUGUUCAAGACCGAGACUCUGGGGAAAAUGGAAGGAUGAUUUGUUACAUUCAACAGGAUGUUCCCUUCACUCUAAAACCUUCCAUUGAGAAUUUCUACAAGCUUGUAACAGAAGGAGCGCUGGACAGAGAGACCAAAGCUGAAUAUAACAUAACCAUCACGGUCACAGAUCUGGGAACCCCAAAGCUGAAAACGGAGCACAACAUAACCGUGCUGGUGUCUGACGUCAACGACAACGCCCCCGCCUUCACCCAGGCCUCCUACACCCUGCGGGUCCGCGAGAACAACAGCCCCGCCCUGCACAUCGGCACCGUCAGCGCCACAGACACAGACGCCGGCGCCAACGCCCAGGUCACCUACUCGCUGCUGCCGCCCGCCGACCCGCACGUGCCCCUGGCCUCCCUCGUGUCCAUCAACGCCGACAACGGCCACCUGUUCGCCCUGCGGUCCCUGGACUACGAGGCCCUGCGCGCCUUCGAGUUCCGCGUGGGCGCCGCCGACCGCGGCUCGCCGCCGCUGAGCAGCCAGGCGCUGGUGCGCGUGCUCGUGGAGGACGACAACGACAACGCGCCCUUCGUGCUGUACCCGCUGCAGAACACCUCGGCGCCCUGCACCGAGCUGCUGCCCAGGGCGGCCGAGCCGGGCUACCUGGUGACCAAGGUGGUGGCGGUGGACGGCGACGCGGGCCAGAACGCCUGGCUGUCGUACCAGCUGCUCAAGGCCACGGAGCCCGGGCUGUUCGGCGUGUGGGCGCACAACGGCGAGGUGCGCACGGCCAGGCCGCUGAGCGAGCGCGACGCGGCCAGGCACAGGCUGCUGGUGCUGGUCAAGGACAAUGGCGAGCCGCCGCUGUCGGCCAGCGUCACGCUGCACGUGCUGCUGGUGGACGGCUUCUCGCAGCCCCACCUGCCGCCCCCGGAAGCGGAAGCGGAGGCGGCGGCCGCGGCGCCGGCCGACCCGCUCACCGUCUACCUGGUGGUGGCCUUGGCGUCCGUGUCGUCGCUCUUCCUCUUCUCGGUGCUGGUGUUCGUGGCGGUGCGGCUGUGCGGGCGGGGCGGGGCUGCGCGGGCGGGUCGCUGCUCGGUGCCCGAGGGCCCCUUCCCGGGCCACCUGGUGGACGUCAGCGGCACCGGCACCCUGUCCCACAGCUACCAGUAUGAGGUGUGUCUGAGCCGAGGUAUUGGGACCAGCGAGUUUAAGUUUCUGAAAUCUGUUGCCUCUAAUCGUCAGGGGUCUGUGAAUGAUGUAGAGGAAAACUCAAAUUUUGUAAAUGGUUUUUGAUUCAAUUAAGAAUCUGUUGGU